GAGAAUGUUAAAAAAAACGAAAUGUAACGUUAUGUAUUGCAGUUUAAAAAGAUGUCGCUCAAUCGAGGAAUCGGCAGUGUUGAGUACAUGAAAAAAAGGACACCAAAAAAUGCCAAGUAUCAGCAUGUUAAAACAAGGCUGGAUACAGGUUGCAGCCUCUCAAAGUAUAUGGAAAAACUCGAGGAGAUUAAAAAAAAUUACAGAUAUAGAAAAGAUGAAAUCUUUAAGCGGUUGAAGGUGACAACAUUUGCACAGUUGAUACUUCAGGUAGCCUCCAUAUCAGCCCUGAAUGAAAGUGAAAAUGACGCUGACUCACAUUUACCAGAAGACAGUGUGUCAGCGGUGUCUGAUGCAGACCUGGAGAGUCUCUCUGAACACACCAACGGCUCCCCUCAGGUGUCACCACAUUCAGAUCGCCAGGAGGCAGGAGACAGCAAGGACAUCUGCCACACUGCAAGGUCAACACUACUGAGUGUUAUUAGUGGUGUGGGAGAGCUGAACCUCGACAGGAACAUUCAGAAAAAGGAGAAUGAGUUUGUGUUGAUCUCUGAGCCAGUUGACAGGCCCUACCCAGACUGCCCCUACCUGCUGCUGGACGUACGGGACCGGGACUUAUACGACCGCUGCCACAUCAUCAGCGCACACAGUUUACCCAUCGCCAUGCUAUCUCGAACCAUGAACCCCUACACAAAAGAAGUGCUGGAAUAUAAAAAUGCUGCGGGGAGGAUCAUCAUUGUGUAUGACGAGGACGAGAGGAUAGCCAGCCAGGCUGCCACCACCAUGUGCGAGCGAGGGUUUGAGAAUCUGUUUAUGCUGUCUGGAGGUCUCAAGGUAAUUGCUCAGAAAUUUCCAGAAGGCAUGACGACAGGUUCCAUCCCAAAGUCCUGCCUGUCCUCUCCGACAUCAUCGGGCAGAAAGAAGAGCUCUGUGCAGCCGGUGCACGCGGCAGAGAAGAGAUGGAGGUUUACUUCGGAAGAGCUGGCCAAGCUUCAUGAGCAGAUGGACGAGAUCCUCAUCCCCAGUAACUCCAGCAGCCGCAUGUCCAGCCGCAUGUCGACCAGCAGCUUCCAGUCUAAAGCGUCCAGCGCCCCGAGUCGACAGAGUUCCUGCACCGCUGGGAGGGACAGCGCCCGGGUUCAGAGCAGCAGACCGUGGAAAUAAUACCCAACACCCAACUUCUUCAUCCAUGAUUAAAAAAACAAACAUACCUCCAGAGAGAAGUCCGUUCAUUCAAAAGUUGAUUCUAUCUGCUCCAUAGCUUUUAACAGUGUGUAACAUGAUGCUCUGAGAUAAAGCUGCCCAGUAAGGUGGAAUAAAAACAACUCCACAACCCUUUAUAUAUUUACUCAAACACAAGAAUGUGCACAUCCACAUGUUUCUAGUUCCCUCAACUACCUUUAUGUCAGAAGUUCUUAUUACACAGCGCCUAAAUGAAUUCUUCUCUGAGGUUUUGUAUAAUUUCUAAAUGUGGGAAAUCAAACACACCUCGAGAAAGUGGGAAUGUAAUCCGCUCAAUUUCCCUUCAAAAUCAACUUAGGCCCCAUGUCCUCCUAGCGUUUUAUGCAGGGGCAGAAAAGUGCUGACUGUGCGCUUGGAAGCUCUUGUAUGAAGCGUUUGUGCGCUGAGAAGAAAAACGCAGCCCGUCCAUCCCUAUGACAACAGUCUGUUGGCAAC